UGACCCAGUGAGCUUCCGUAGUUCUCAAAUGUGGAUAGCUGUCAGGUUACCAUGCAACCUGAUAGAGCAUAGGCUGGAUCAAUUGUCUUUCCGCGAGUAAUGCAUGCUGUUAGACACGCUAACUUAUCUGUAUUAAUCUCCCUGCUAUGUUUAGUCAAGUUUCUGGCCCACACUAAGCCCUCUUUGCGAAUAAAUUAGCUUACUUUCUGGAGGCUAGUGUGCGGCAGGUAGCGGGGCAGUUAGCUAACCGACAACAGCGUCGUUAAAAAAAAAAGAAAAAGAAAGCUAAACGCUCCUGACUUGUUAGCUUAAAAGUAAAGUGGCGCUGCUGACAGUCAGUUUCUGCGUUAUAGAAACAGCGAACCUUCAGAAUGAAUGUGGCAAAAACCGGUUACCGAGUGUUUUCCGCCAACUCCUCCGCUGCUUGCACAGAGUUGGCUAAGAAGAUCACAGAGAGGUUGGGGGUUGAACUGGGAAAGUCUGUAGUCUUUCAAGAAUCUAACAGAGUAGAGACAAGAGUGGAUGUGAAAGAAUCUGUUCGUGGGCAGAACAUCUUCAUUAUCCAAACCAUACCUAGAGAUGUCAACACAGCCAUCAUGGAGCUCCUCAUCAUGGCUUAUGCUCUUAAGACUUCCUGUGCGAAGAACAUUAUUGGAGUAAUUCCUUACUUCCCCUACAGCAAGCAGUGCAAAAUGAGAAAGAGAGGCUCCAUAGUGUGCAAACUGUUGGCUUCAAUGUUGGCUAAAGCUGGACUGACGCACAUCAUCACCAUGGACUUGCACCAGAAGGAGAUCCAGGGCUUUUUCAGCUUUCCAGUGGAUAAUCUGCGUGCCUCGCCAUUCCUGAUUCAGUACAUACAAGAGGAGAUUCCUGAUUACAGAAAUGCCAUAAUCGUGGCAAAGUCCCCCGCUGCAGCUAAAAGGGCUCAGUCCUACGCAGAACGUCUACGUUUGGGUCUGGCUGUGAUCCACGGCGAGGCGCAAUGUGCAGAGUCGGACAUGGCCGACGGGAGACACUCCCCACCAUGUGUGCGCAACACCACAGGCCACACUGGACUGGAGCUGCCUUCAGGCAAACAACAAGCUCCGUUCCCUGGCAUAGAGCUUCCAAUGAUGAUGGCCAAGGAGAAACCCCCGAUUACUGUAGUUGGAGAUGUUGGUGGAAGAAUUGCCAUAAUAGUGGAUGAUAUUAUAGACGAUGUUGGAGACUUUGUUGCUGCUGCAGAGAUCCUGAAAGAGAGGGGGGCCUAUAAAAUCUACAUCAUGGCCACCCAUGGUUUGCUUUCCGCAGACGCCCCUCGUCUCAUAGAGGAAUCAGCCAUCGACGUGGUGGUCGUGACGAACACGGUGCCCCACGAGGUGCAGAAGCUCCAGUGUCCAAAAAUCAAGACCGUGGACGUCAGCAUGAUAUUAGCCGAGGCGAUCCGCCGCAUCCACAACGGGGAGUCCAUGGCCUACUUGUUCCGCAAUAUUACCGUGGACGACUAAAGGAGCGCCAGCGACCGACGCCUCUGCACCUUCGCUAACAAAACGCUGUUCCAUGUGCCGUUUCUGAAUGACAUGCAAAACGUGUAUCCUGAUUAAUUUAAAGAACUUCUCAAAAUCGA